AACCAAAAAAAAAAAAAAAAAAAAAAAGCCCGCAUCGCUUUUGCAGGAGCCCUUUCUGCAUCUGCAGGAGCAAACCAGUGGGGAAGAGGUCAGAGAACGUGUGACAGACCGGAGGAGAAGCUGUCAGUGUUGAUUGACAGAGCUGCUGUGAGAGUCGGACCCCCAGCCAGCGCUGCCCCCUACCUCCCCCAGUCCCCUUGCGCCCUGCAUGGACCCCCGAAGUGGAGCGAGGGGCGGUGUGAUACGGUAGAGAGCACCCAAGCCCCAUCUCAAGACUACCUCUGCAAUCCCUCAACUUCCUCACACUCACAGGGGACCCCCGGAGUCUCUGCACCAAUCAGGGGGGCUCUGCCGGGAGAUGGGCGGGGUCUGUGUGCCGCUGGGCGUGGCUCUGCUUUUGGGUGCGCUGACUGGGGGGUCCUGGGGUCUGGACUGGGACCCUGUCCCCCGCAAGACCGUCCUGCGUAACAGUUUGAAAGGGGUUCGUCGGUUCUCCAGUCCCAGUGUGUUUAACUACACCACCCUGACGCUGGAUGAGGUCUCGGGGUUCCUGUAUGUCGGGGCGCGAGAGGCGGCCUUCGCCCUCGACAUGAAUAACGUGGAGCUGGAACGCAAACCCUCGAUCAUGUGGGGCGCCCCGACUGAUAAGAAGACUGAGUGCGUCUUGAAGGGGAAGAACAACCAGACGGAGUGUUUUAAUCACAUCCGGUUCCUGCAGAACUUCAACCGGACCCACAUGUACUGCUGUGGAACCUACGCCUUCCAGCCCAAAUGCGCCUACAUUGACACGUCCCGCUUCACUCUGGAGCUCUCCUCGAUGGAGGAUGGAAAGGGGAAGUGUCCCUACGAUCCAGCCAAGGGCCACACUGGUCUCAUUGUGGAUGGGGAGCUGUACUCCGCCACGCUCAAUAACUUCCUGGGGACGGAGCCGGUGGUCCUGAGGAAUGUGGGGGGACACUACUCCAUGAAGACAGAGUACCUGCCGUCCUGGCUCAACGAGCCCGAUUUCGUGGGCUCCUCCUUUGUCCCGGAGAGUGUGGACAGUCCGAUCGGAGACGAUGAUAAGAUCUACUUCUUCUUCAGUGAGCGCGCCGUCGAGCUGGACUGCGACAGUGAUCUGGUGGUGACGAGAGUCGCACGCGUCUGCAAGGGCGAUGUGGGAGGGGCCCGCACUCUUCAGAAGAAGUGGACCUCGUUCCUGAAGGCUCGGGUCCUGUGCUCCCUCCCGGAGAGGCAGGUCCACUUCAACAGGCUGCAGGCCGUGUUCACGCUGAGGCUGGCCGAGGGCUGGCAGCACAGCUCCUUCUACACGGUGUUCAGAGCGCAGUGGGGUGAUGUGGAUGUCUCCGCUGUGUGUCAGUACCACAUCGAUGACAUCAAGAAGGUGUUCGACGGCCCUUACAAGGAGUACCGUGAGCCGGCACAGAAGUGGGGGCGCUAUACCAACCAGGUGCCAGUCCCUCGGCCUGGAGCGUGCAUCACUAACUGGCACCGAGAGACCGGGUUCAACAGCUCCCUGCAGCUUCCUGACAACACGCUGAACUUCGCCAAGAAACACCCGCUGAUGGACGACAAGGUGAGCGCGCGCCCCCUGCUGGUCAAGAAGAGCGUCAACUUCACUCAGAUCGCUGUGGACCGCGUCUCCGCCAUCGACCACCGCCGCUACGACGUGCUGUUCAUCGGGACAGCGGAGGGCUGGCUGUACAAGGCAGUGAGUCUGGGUUCAGAGGUCCACUUAAUUGAGGAGCUGCAGCUGUUUGAGGAGCCGCAGCCAGUGGAGAGCCUCGCCAUCUCCCACAAAGAGAAGCUGCUCUAUGUGGGCUCUCGUUCCGAGGUGCUGCAGCUGCCCCUGGCUGACUGUGGGAAGUAUCGCUCCUCUCCGGACUGCACGCUGUCCCGGGACCCCUACUGCGCCUGGGACAGGGAGGGCAAGAGCUGCGUCCGGACAGACAAGCACCCCAGCCACUUCUCCCUCGAUCAGGACAUCCUACAGGAAGGGUUCAAGGGGCAGGCGCGGGCCAAAUUCGAACAGAGUCCCAUCCCAAACUCAGACAAAGCCAAGCCGAAGAACGUGACUGUGGUGUUGGGCUCGGACCUGGUCCUGCCCUGCCAGCAGAUCUCGAACCUGGCCCACCCCCUGUGGCUCUUCAACGACCUCCAGCUGGUCCCGGGGCAGGGCGUCCGGGUCGAGUCCCGGCUGGGGUCCCUGGUGAUCGAGGGCGCGGGUGCAGGGGAGGCGGGGCGCUAUACCUGCCUGUCCCAGGAGAGGGGGGAGCGCUUCCUGGCCGAGCGCUACGCGGUCUCCGUGGUGGCCAGUGCCCCCGUGUUCAUGGAGGCGCGCGCGCCGGACGGGAUCUUGGGUCUGGUGUGGGUGCUGGUGAUCACUCUGGCCUCCGCCUGCCUCCUGCUGCUGGGCUCCGUGCUUUACCUGCGCAGGAGGCUGAAGCAGGACAAGGGCUCGGAGCUCAUGAAGCCCCUGGAGAGCACGCUGGUCUACCCCAUCAGCCUGCCCAGGGAGCCCACCCACUUCGUAGCCAGCAAAGGGUCAGACUCGGAGCUGUGGGACAACAGCAGCUAUUAUUACUCGGAUGGCUCCUUGAAGAUCGUUCCCGGCCACGCCCCCUGUCCCAGCACAACCCCGGGCAGCGGGAUCCCCGGCCAGCCCCUCCCCAGCACCGCGGCCGUGAACUCCCCCAACCGGCUCAGCCUGGGCAACAUCAGGGGCUCCGGCAGCAACGGCUACAUCCGGCUGAACCUGAGCAGCGGAGGGGAGGAGCGGGCAGAAUUCAGCGCUCCCUUCACGGAGGAGCUGCGGAAGACGCUGAAGCAGAGGAGCGUGCUGCCCGACACCAACCCAGAGGAGUCUUCAGUGUAGCCCCUCCCUCCCUCCCUCCCUCCCUCCCUCCCUCUCCCCGUGUGAGAGGGACGAGACGCUUUGCCUGCCUCGCUCACGUCACUGCUGCCUCUGCUUUUUGGUUUUGUUUCAGAAAUGAAAGCGAAGGCGAUUUUUGAUUUUUUUUUUUUGCUUGCAAACUGUGCAAGAGAAGAGAUCGUUUUUAAGCGGCAGCCAAAGAACGCGAGGCCUGGAGGAGAGGGGUUUUUUUUAGGGGUGUUUCGGAAAGGAGUUUGGGGGGGAGAGGGGCUUGACACGGGACUUUUUUUUUUUUUUUUUUUUUUUUUUUUUUUUAACUGGUCUUUAUAAAAACAACAAAAAAAAAGAUUGUUCUUGUUUUUUUGUAUAUGUCGGGACAUUUUCAUGUGUUCUGUUGAUUCAUCGCUCUCCUUUUUGUGUUCUGAUUGUGUGCGCUCAUGCCUGUACAGUGUAUAAAUAUCUAAAUACAGAAUUAAUAUCCUGCAUCGCCCCCAGGGGUCUCUGGGAGCACAGAGGAGGACAAGGCUCCGGCAAUAAUGAAAAACCAAAAAAAAAAAAAACUCUUAUCACCGAAGCCAAAACACAGCGAGAGAAACGAGAUUCGAUGCAGGACGAUCCGAAUUCAGCCGCACAGUGCAAUGAAGGGAAACCAGCAGGCUGCUUCAACCUGACAGAAUAUUGAGGCUCCUGUAGCCCCACUGCGUGUUGUCGUGGACGCUGCCUCCUGUCCUCUGUCUCCCUGCUAGGGGGCGCUCUUCUGCUGCAGCUCAAAGGUGGAUUGAGAGGUUUCUCUACCCCAGCCCCCCCUUCACAGCUUCACUGCUGUGUUGAAGUCUGGUCUGACUGCUCCCACCAGCUGGGACGUGGAAGACACAGAAGACUCCAGUCUUGCAGGAUGGGGAGCGGAGCGGGGGGGGGGGGGUUCCAGGAUGAGAUCCGGCAACACCAGACUCCUCCGGGCACGGAAGGAAGCCGGGAUAUGGUAGUUUGGAAUGGUUUCCUGAACUCAGGAUGUUUACCUUGGCAGGAGGCGGGGCUUUCUUGAAGCUGAUUCCUGAAAGCUCUAGGAUGGUCAGAGGAACUGUCAAUCAAAAACAGCUGUUUUUAGAAAACUUUUUUUUUUUUAGAGAACUUUUCCAGAGGUUUCUAAAUUCAAGAUGAUUGAAGAAAUCCUUUUUUAACGGAGACAGCAGUGCGUUGUGUUUCUGCGUUCGCCAGGCGCUCCCAUGUCCCGGGUUCAUCUCCUAGGAGCUGUGCAGAGCUGGGGAACGCUGCCUAGGGAGGCACAGCCUGGCGUUUUUCUCUCUUGGGAUGCUAAUGUUGGUUUUGCGAACCUUUUUCGAGGAUUUUUCAUUGUAACUUAUUUUGCCUGUACAAAGUGUUGAAUAUUUAUUAACCCUGUACAUAAUUCCUUAUUUUUAUAUACGAAUAAAAAGUUCCAGUCACUCA